AUGACGCAUUUACUGCCCCCACCUUUACUGCGUCUGUUCGCACCCAGACCGCCGCUGGAAUAUGCGCGGCCAUUGCCAGGCGACAAAGAUCCCAAUGCCAAGCCGCGCUCACGCACCGCGAAAGACGUGGCCCAACGAAAGAUUCAGCCAUUGGAGGGCAUCGCGGCCUUUUUAGAGCGUGCUCGUCAAGAAAUCAGUCAGCAUGUGACCGAUGCCGACGAUGAGACCGAUGCGAUUGUGACACAGACAGAGAUACGCCGAGAACAAAAAAGGCGCGAACGUGCAGAGACACAGAAACGCAUGCGCGAAGCCUACCAUCCGAAGGAAGAUACCCAUGCGGCAGGCGACCCAUUCAAGACCUUGUUUGUAUCUCGUCUGUCCUAUGAUACCACUGAGCGUGACCUCGCUCAUGAAUUCGAUCGGUAUGGACCGAUCGAGAACAUUUCGAUCGUACGUGAUUUACAAGGCAAAAGCCGUGGGUAUGCGUUCAUUCUCUUUGAACGGGAACGUGAUAUGCGAACAGCGGCAUAUUCACGAGCCGAAGGACUCGCCAUUCAUGGCCGGCGUGUGUUGGUCGACGUUGAGCGGGGCCGUACUGUGCGGGACUGGAAACCGAUGCGCUUAGGUGGCGGCCUUGGUGGGUCGACGCGCAAGCCCAAGCAAAAGGUCGUAGUAGAUUCGUUCCGUGGGGGACGUGGCGGGAUGCGUGGAGGAAUGCGAGGCGGCCGCGGCGGCCGCGGCAGCUUCCGUGACCGCGGCGGUUUUCGAGGGGGCGAUCGCGAUCGCGAUCGUGGUGGCUUCCGGGACCGUGGCAGCGGUGGAUUCCGCGAUCGUGACCGCGAACGCGACCACGGCUUCCGGGACCGGAGCUACCGUGAUCGUGAUGGCCUACCUGACUCGAAUGGGCCCAGCACCUUGUCGUACGGCGGGCCAUCGUACGGACGUGCGUACGAUGAUCGCGCGCCGAAGCGGCCGCGGUACUAA